CGCACGAUGGCUACAUUGCUGCUACUCUUUGCGCAGAGAAGUCAACAGUAGGAUGUUGUUGUGGGAGCUCUGACGUCUGCAUUCACAUAACUAAGUCAAGUCAAAUUCAUCUGUCUGUGGGGAAAGGGAAAAAAACAGUGCAACCAUGAGGGACCGCCUGAGCCACCUCCAGGAGAUGCAGUCCAAUGGGCACGUGGAGCAGAUGGAGUACACCGAAUCUGUCACCGGCGACGCUUUCAGCAACGUGGAUCUGGAGGAGGACAUGCAACACGAGGCCAUAGUGUACGACAACAGCCCUGCCCUAUCCGAAGUCUUUGCCCAGUCCCAGGAAAUCCACAGAGACAUCCAGCUCAUCCGUCUGGAAGUGAAGCGACUCCGGGAGCAGAAUUCUCGAAUCCUCCAAGGCACCUCCACUAUGAGCAUAAUCAAAAGAGACUCCAACGCCAUAGGGGCUGAUAUCAAAAGCAAAGCUGAGAAGGUGCUAUCCCAUCUACAAACUAUGGAUGGAACUGCUCACAAGUUGGAAGAGCAGUACGGAGCUAACUCAGCAGUCACCAGAAUCGCGAGAACCCAGUAUGCUUGUCUUAGCAACGGCUUUCGUGAUGCCAUGUUCGACUACAACGAAGCAGAAAUGAGCCAUAGGGAAAACUGCAAAGCCCAGAUUCAAAGGCAGAUGGAGAUAGUGGGGCGUGAGGUAACGGGUGACGAGGUGGAGGAGAUGAUCGAGACAGGACAGUGGAACAUCUUCACCGACAACCUUCUGAGUGAAGGUAAGACGGCCCGCUCAGCUCUGUCCCAAAUCGAGAAGCGCCACCAGGAGUUGUUGGAUUUAGAGAGCAGAAUUCAAAACAUACAUGAGAUUUUUCUAGAUAUUGCCCUGCUGGUAGAAGAGCAGGGGCCAAUGAUCACAUCCAUCCAAACGAAUGUACAGAAAACUGAUGAGCACAUACAAGGUGCUUUGGUUAAACUGGGACGCGCCAAGAAACAUGACAGAAACAACCCAUUUAAAAAGAUGUUCUGUGGCUGCUUUCCAUGCUUCAACUCAUAAUGCACCUUGAAGGCUUUGGAAAAUAGUCUCUUUUAUUGUUGAACUCCUAGGUGGAAAGAUUUUAUUUGGAGUAAUUUUAUUUUUUUAUAUUUCUGGUGGCCUACCUUUUGCAACUUUCUUUAUAAAUACAAACAUGAACAUAGAGUAAUGCAACAUAAAUGUGAUUCUAUUUCUCACAAUAUUUUUCUACUGAUGUGCCUUUCUUCUAUACUAAAAUGCCAUGGAAUAAUAAUGUAAUGUAAUAAUGUGCAAUAUUGAAUAAAUAAAAAAAUAAAUAAAUUAUUAGCUCACUUUGAAAAAAAGGAUACAUAAUUUAUGUUUAGUGAAGGAAAAAAAUUAAAGCAUUGUAUGAAAAUGUAAACGUUGCUUAUUUAUCUUGCAUUUACAAUGUUUUGCAUUAUAUUAUGUC